CCCAAGGCUCCAACCUGGCGCGUCAGAGCUCCGGGCUAAUAAUAGAGCUGCACCACUCGAUUUGACCUCACUUCUUCGUACCGUCCAUCAUCACAUAGGGAAGAAGAAAAAAGAAAGCCAUAUUCUACCCCCUGAACAAAUAGCACCGGUUUCCGACUCUACGUCCAAUCUCACCGAAAAUUAGUACCAUCAGCUCUCAUCCCUAACAAGACUUCACCAUGUCUGGAGGCAGCGCCGGUUUCGACCGACAUAUCACAAUCUUCUCCGAGCAAGGAAGACUCUACCAAGUCGAAUAUGCAUUCAAAGCGAUCACCGCUGCAAAUAUAAUGUCUAUUGGGGUCCGAGGCAAGGAUUGUGCUGUGGUCCUUUCUCAGAAAAAGGUUCCCGACAAGUUAAUUGACCCUUCUUCAGUCUCGCACAUCUUCCAGAUUUCGCCCUCCGUUGGUUGCGUCAUGACCGGAUCCAUUGCGGAUGCUCGGGCGUUUGCACAGCGCGCCCAGGGCGAAGCUGCCGAGUUCAGGUACAACUAUGGAUACGAGAUGCCAUGUGAUGCCCUAGCCAAGAGACUUGCCAAUAUCAGCCAAGUUUAUACACAGAGAGCCUAUAUGCGCCCUUACGGCGUGGCGACGACGCUGAUAUCGCUCGAUUCUGAAUUCGGACCGCAGCUCUACAAGUGCGAUCCAGCAGGAUACUACGUGGGGUACAAAGGAACGGCUGCGGGACCCAAGCAGCAGGAAGCGCUUAACCACCUGGAGAAAAAGCUCAAGAACAAGGAUCACGCAGAUGGCACAUGGGAAGAUGUUGUGGAGCUAGCAAUCACUACGUUAAGCACGGUUCUCAGCAUGGAUUUCAAGAAGGGUGAGAUUGAGAUCGGAAUCGUCGGAGGCCCCCGAGCGGACGGUAAGGAGGGGUCAGAUCCGUUCUUCAGGACCCUGACGGAGGACGAGAUUGAUGAACGAUUACAGGCCAUUGCCGAGAAAGAUUAGCGUAAGGCGGUCGUGGCGUAAGGCUGGGUUCGGUUCAGCACAGCUGAUUCGUGUAUGCUGACUACAACAAUAUGUUGUGGA